CCACGACUUAGAUCGACCAUCUCGAUACCUUCCCCGCCGAAGCUCUUAUCACUGAUAACUGAAGCUCGAACAAGAUCGAGAACCAACAUCAUGUCCGAAGAAACGAGCCAGGAGAACAACAUCUCCCCCUUCGGUCUCGCCAGGUCGACCGUCAAGGAACAACCGUUGACUAAGGAAGAGUUGGACAAGUAUACGAGGUAUUUCAAUGCCACGCUUUAUAUCUGUUUGGGUAUGAUCUACCUGAAAAAAGACCCCCUCCUCCGCUCCCCCGAAGGCCUAACAACCUCGCACCUCAAAUCCCGCUUACUCGGGCACUUCGGUUCCGCCCCCGGCCAAUCAUUCACCUACCUGCACUUCAACCGUCUCAUCAAGAAACUCAACCUUGACGCUUUCUUCAUCAGCGGCCCGGGGCACGGAGCUCCUGGUAUAAUCUCCCAUGCGUACCUGGAAGGAUCGUAUACGGAGGCCUAUCCCGAGGUUACACAGGAUUCGAAGGGGUUACAGAGGUUGUUCCAUCAGUUUUCGUUUCCGGGGGGGAUGGGGAGUCAUGCGACGCCGGAGGUUCCGGGGAGUUUACACGAGGGCGGUGAACUCGGCUACUCGAUCUCCCACGCCUUUGGGACCGUCUUCGACAGGCCCGACCUGAUCGCCCUCACGAUGGUCGGGGACGGAGAAUCCGAGACGGGUCCGCUGGCUACGGCUUGGCAUGGGAACAAGUUUCUGAACCCAGUCACUGAUGGGGCCGUCUUGCCGGUCUUGCAUUUGAACGGGUACAAGAUCAACAACCCCACGGUCCUCGCCCGAGUCUCGCACGAAGAGCUCGAGAUGCUCUUCCGGGGUUACGGCUGGACCCCUUACUUUGUCGAAGGGUCCGACCUCGACUCGAUGCACCAGGCCAUGGCCGCCACGCUCGAGCGCUGCGUGACCGAGAUCAAGGCUUACCAGAAACAAGCCCGGGACAGCGGAAAACCCUUCCGUCCUCGCUGGCCGAUGAUCGUCCUCCGUUCCCCGAAAGGAUGGACCGGACCGAGUGAAGUCGGUGGACACCACCUGGAAGGUUUCUGGAGGGCCCAUCAGGUUCCCAUGACCGACGUCGCUACUUCGGACGAACACCUCAAACAGCUCGAAGCGUGGAUGAGGUCUUACAAGCCCGACGAGCUCUUCGACGCCGAAGGUAGGCUCGUGGAAGACCUCCGCGCGUUGGCACCCGAGGGAGACAGGCGCAUGUCCAGCAACCCGGUGACCAACGGUGGGAACCCCGUCAAACCGCUCGACCUCCCUAAAUGGCAAGACUACGCCCUCCAGGUCGAUCCCGGUGUGACGCUCGAAUCCGGGAUGACCAAUUUCGCUAAAUGGCUCCGAGACGUGGUCGCCGGGAACAUGACCAACUUCAGACUUUUCGGUCCUGACGAGACGGAAUCCAACAAGCUUGGCGAGGUGUACAAGGCUGGGAAAAAGGUCUGGUUGGCGGAUACGAUCGAGUACGACGAGGACGGUGGGAAUUUGAGCCCGACGGGGAGGGUCAUGGAGAUGUUGUCCGAGCAUACUGUGGAGGGGUGGUUGGAGGGGUAUAUUUUGGCUGGGGGGCAUGGGUUGUUGAACAGUUAUGAGCCUUUCAUUCAUAUUAUCGACUCGAUGGUCGGUCAGCACUGCAAGUGGAUCGAAAAGUGCAACCAGGUCGAAUGGAGGAAAAAGAUCUCGUCCUUGAACAUCUUGUUGACCAGUACCGUCUGGCGUCAGGACCACAACGGUUUCACCCACCAAGAUCCCGGUUUCCUCGACGUGCUCACCAACAAGAGUCCCGAGGUCGUCAGGAUCUACUUGCCUCCCGAUGGCAACACCAUGUUGUCCACCAUGGACCACUGUUUCAAGAGCAAGAACUACGUCAACUGUAUCGUCUACGACAAGCAGCCGCAUUUGCAGUUCUUGAACAAGGAGGAGGCGAUGACGCAUUGCGCGAAGGGGUUGGGCAUCUGGGAGUGGGCCUCGACCUACCCUGAUGAGGAACCCGACAUUGUCAUGUGCGGUAUCGGUGAUGUCGUCACCGCCGAAGCUUUGGCCGCUACCGCCUUGCUCAAGGAAAACUUGCCCGGGAUCAAGAUCCGAUUCGUCAACGUCGUCGACUUGUUCCGAUUGGUCUCGCACCAGGAUCACCCUCACGGUCUGACGGACAAGGAAUUCGACAGCAUCUUCACCCGAGACAAGCCCGUCAUUGUCAACUUCCACUCGUACCCCUGGCUCGUCCACCGACUCACCUACAGGCGAAACGGAUCCCGCAACAUCCACGUCCGUGGAUACAGGGAAAAGGGAAACAUUGACACCCCGCUCGAGCUCGCCAUCAAGAACAAGGCCGAUCGAUUCAGUCUCGCCAUGGAGGCCAUCGACCAGAUGCCCAACUUGAACAACAGGGCUUCGGCCGUCCGUGAAAAGCUCAGGGACGAGCAGAUCAGGGCCGUCGCGUAUUCUUUCGAGAACGGUAUCGACGUUCCCCAUCUCAAGGACUGGAACUGGGCCUCCCGAAACGCUGGUAUCCAGCAGAAGGGCGAAGCCGCCGACAAGAAGCCCGCGCCCGCUGGUGCCGAGGCUCGUAGCACCGGUAGCUAGACGGUUCGCCGCCAUCCAUCCUCUUGUCUUGACCCGAAUGUAUCUACCCGAAAAAAACAGAACAGAAUCGCGACCUUGUGUGUAGUAGACUAGAAUGAACGAAACAUAUAGAUUGAAUUGAGUGC